UGCUGUGCAGCAGGCAGACGAGAGGGAGUAGACCUCAAAGAAGGGAAGAUGGCGAGGGGUAGCAGAAGCCUGCUCAGAGCUGCCGAGUGUUUAAAACAGAUACAGUCCACAGCUGCCCGGGAGACACAGACCAGACACCUGUCAUCAUGUGGGAUUCUGAUGGCGCGUGCUCCCCAGCUGCAGUGCCCCACUAUGCCAGGGCGCGUCAUGGCGCUGUCCGCCAUGCCAUGGCGCGUCAUGCCGGUGCCCGUCCGCGGUUUUUUCAACCUCGCUGGGUCCUUCUCCAAGAAGAGGGAGUACUCUGAGAGGCGCAUCAUUGGGUUUUCCAUGCAGGAGAUGUACGGCGUGGUGGCCGGGGUUGAGGACUACCGCCACUUUGUUCCAUGGUGCAAGAAGUCUGACGUGGUGUUCAAGAGAGCGGGCUUCUGCAAGGCCAAACUGACAGUGGGCUUCCCCCCUGUGGUGGAGAACUACACCUCAUUGAUCACCUCCGUGCGCCCCCACUUGGUCAAGGCCUCCUGUUCAGAGGGUAAGCUGUUCAACCACUUGGAAACGGUGUGGCGCUUCAGUCCCGGCCUCCCUGGGUACCCACGCACCUGCACCGUUGACUUUGGCAUCUCCUUUGAGUUCCGCUCGCUGCUCCACUCUCAGCUGGCCCACGUGUUCUUCGAUGAGGUGGUGAAGCAGAUGGUGUCGGCCUUCGAGCGCCGCGCCUGCUCGGUGCACGGUGCCGAGACCCGCAUCCCUCGCGAGCUCAUGUUCCACGAGGUCCACCACACGUAGCAGGGGAACCCCCCCCCCCCCCCCCCCCCCCCCAGUACACACACACACACACACACACAUGUAUACACAUACACAUACACACACACGCACAAAGGAAGUGAGACUGGACAGAAGAGAUCAAUGGUCCCGCUGUGUGUGUGUGUGUGUGUGUGUGUGUGUGUAUAUUCAUAUAUAACUAGCCCCACCAAACAAAGUCAACACAGGGUUAGUGCCAAUGGGAAAAAUCACAAACCUUUCACGGCUGUUCUUUAAAUGUUUAGAAAAGCUUAUUGUUACAUUAUGUGGUUGGAUUUAAUUUCCUUGUUUUUCACCCCUAAAGAAAAUUCUACUGCGAAACUGGCCAGAUUUGCACACUCAGACUAUGAGUUUAUAGAGGUGCUCUCUUCAAAACGAUGGCAGUAUGACACCUUUCUCUUCAAUCAUUCUGACUGUGUGCAACGCUGGAUGACCAUUUAUUUCACACAGUGUUUAUAUUUGAUAAUGUGCAAUAAUGGCUUUCAAAAUGAUCAUAGAGUAAGCAAUAAUAACCACUGUCUUAAAACAAAAUGGACCCAAACUGGCUAGACAGUGACCUGGGGCACCUGGACUCACACCUGGUCAUGCCAGAGAGCUGUGUUUCAGGGAGGGAUCGGAUGCUCUGCAACCCAAUGACAAUUCCAACAUUCAAACCCAACUUUUGUAUUUUGAACAUUUGUUUUAAUAUAUUCAUUUAACAUAUUUAUUGGUAUGGUAAGAGUUGUAAUGUAUAUACCAAUAUCAAGAUGCAAGAGAAAUGUAUAUAUUGUACUGCUAAACUAUAUAGGAUAUAUAUUCUUAAGUUUCUUUAAUGUUUGGAGAUUGUUUAUCUGAGCUUAUUUUUGUGUUAACAGAAUUGGAUUGGAUUGCCUACAUCUACUGACUGCAUGAUAAAACUAUUUUUUAUAGAAAAACUG